UCAAUCUUUCGAUGUGUAUACAGUUAGUUCUGCAGAUAUGUAAAAUCAUCGCCGAAAGAUUAAUUGUCAGCAGAGUUUCAAAGUUAGCAAGGUGGAAUCCAGUGGUUCAUUCAAUUGUGCCGCCAGAAUGAAAGAGGAACCUAGUGGCGAGUGCCGUAGUGAAAAUAAUUCGGAGAUGGUGGAUGAAAAGCCCGAUCUUAAAAACUAUCAACCAUUUCCACCAGAAAAUUCAGUCCAUACCUUUCGAAAAAGUGACUUGAAUCAUCCACGUGAAUUUAAUGACGAUGUGGAAAUAGUCGUUGAGUGUGAAGACGUCAAGCCCAACAUUAAUUUAUUAGCAGUUAAGAAAAUUGAAGAAGAUUCUCAAAAUGGCUUGAAAGACAUGGAGUACAAUAAUGUUUAUGCAACUCAAAAUAUGAUUAAAAUGGAACCCACGGAGGAAGUACAACAGGCAUCUUUUGUGAACACCGUAGAAGAAUUAACUUUGAAUUCAGACUGUAAACGUGGCGAGCAAAAUAAAACAAGAAAAAUAACGAAAGAGUUGAGCAACGAACAUAACCUCAAAAGACACCAAAGUACGGUGCGUAAUGAUCCAACUUACAUGUGUGAAAUAUGCGGAAAAUAUUUCGCACAUAAGGCAAGUUUGGACAGGCAUAUCAAAUCAAUACAUCAUGGUAUUACCCACUCAUGUGAUAUAUGCGGAAAGUCUUUUACUCAAAAAAGUUGGGUCAAAGUCCACAUUAAUGCAGUCCACAAGGGUUUCACAUAUGCAUGUGAUAUAUGCCAAAAGACAUUCUCAUAUAAGAACAAUCUCGAAAAACACAUCGAUUCGGUGCAUAAUGGUGUUGGACAUGAAUGCGAUAUAUGCCAAAAGACAUUCUCACACAAGGGUUAUCUAAAAAAACAUAUUGAUUUCGUGCACAAUCAAGUCCGACAUGCAUGUGAUAUAUGCCAAAAGACGUUCACAACGAAAGAUAAUCUCAAAAUCCACAUCGAAUCGGUGCAUCAAAAAAUCACGCAUCCAUGUGAUAUAUGCCAAAAGAAAUUCUCAACCAAGAGUUAUCUCAGAAAUCACAUUGGUUCGGUGCAUAAUGGUGUCAGACAUGCUUGCGACAUUUGCGGAAAUGUGUAUAAACUAAGAAUUGGUUUCAAACGCCACAUGGAUUUGGUGCAUAAUCAUGUCAGACACGAAUGCGAUGUUUGCGGAAAGAAAUUCGUACAAAAAGGUAAUCUCAAAACCCACAUCGAUUCAGUGCAUAAUAAAAUCAUGCACACAUGUGACAGAUGCCAAAAGACAUUCUCACAAAAAGGUUAUUUCAAAACUCACAUCGAUUCAGUGCAUAAUGGUGUCCGUCAUGCAUGCGACAUUUGCGGAAAGAAGUUCACAGAGAAGAAACAUCUUAAAAAUCACAUCGAUUCGGUGCAUAAUGGUGUCUGUCAUGCAUGUGAUAUUUGCGAAAAGACAUUCACACAGAAGGGUCAUCUCAAAACCCACAUCGAGUCGGUACAUCAUAAAAUUACGCACCCAUGUGAUAAAUGCCAAAAGACAUUCUCAGACAAGAGUGGUCUCAGAAAGCACAUCGUUUCGGUGCAUAAUGGUGUCAGACAUGCUUGCGACAUUUGCGGAAAUGUGUAUAAACGAAGAAUUAGUUUCAAACGCCACAUGGAUUUGGUGCAUAACGAUGUCAGACAUGCAUGUGAUACUUGUGGAAAUACAUUCACACAAAAAGGUCAUCUCAAAAUUCAUAUCAAUAGGGUGCAUAGCUGAAUCGCACAAAUCUGCAAUUUCAUGAAGAAGUAGUCGUCUCAGCAACUACAUUGAUACGGUGGAUAAAGUCGUCACUCACCCUUACGAUACAUGCGCGAGGACAUAAAAAAAAGACGU